GGUGGAGACAUUGAGACGAGUGGCUUCAGCCUGACGACGUGUCGUAACAUGGUCAACAUGCUGGACAAAGAUGGCAGCGGUAAACUGGGUCUGGUUGAGUUUAAGGUGCUGUGGACCAAAAUCGAGAACUACCUGAAAAUUUACCGGGACAAAGACGUGGACGGAAACGGGACGAUGAGCUCCGCCGAGCUGAGGACGGCUUUGGAGGAAGCUGGUUUCAGUCUUAAUAACCCGCUCCAUCAGAUCCUGGUGGCUCGUUACAGAGAACCUGAUUUCACCAUCGACUUUGACAACUUUGUCAACUGUUUGAUUCGACUGGAGAGCAUGUUCAACACGUUCAGUGCCUUCGACAGGGACGAGUCAGGGACGGUUCGGCUCACUCAGCUGGAGUGGCUCAACGUGUCCCUGAUCUGAGGACCAGGACCCCCUGAUCCUGGACCGGGUUACAGCCGGGACCUCGCAGCCUUUAUGUGGUCUAUGGGGGGGCAGCUUAGACACUGUCAGCUACACUCGUGUCAUCAGCGUUUCAUUCAGCCACACUUUUAUUAUCGUCAUUAAAGAUCUCUGAUCUCCUCAUCAUGUCGUUUAUUAUCUCUUCAUCAUGUUUAUUAUCUCUUCAUGUUGUUUAUUAUCUCUUCAUCAUGUUUAUUAUCUCUUCAUCGUGUUUAUUAUUUCUUCAUUGUGUUUAUUAUCUCUUCAUCAUGUUUAUUAUCUCUUCAUCGUGUUUAUUAUUUCUUCAUUGUGUUUAUUAUCUCUUCAUCAUGUUUAUUAUCUCUUCAUGUCGUUUAUUAUCUCUUCAUGUCGUUUAUUAUCUCUUCAUCAUGUUUAUUAUCUCUUCAUGUUUAUUAUCUCUUCAUCAUGUUUAUUAUCUCUUCAUGUCGUUUAUUAUCUCUUCAUGUCGUUUAUUCUCUUCAUCGUGUUUAUUAUCUCUUCAUCGUGUUUAUUAUCUCUUCAUCAUGUUUAUUAUCUCUUCAUGUCGUUUAUUAUCUCUUCUUCCUGUCGUUUAUUGUCUCUUCAUGUUGUUUAUUAUCUCUUCUUCAUGUCGUUUAUUAUCUCUUCAUCGUGUUCAUUAUCUCUUCAUGUCGUUUAUUAUCUCUUCUUCCUGUCGUUUAUUAUCUCUUCUUCAUGUCGUUUAUUAUCUGUUCAUGAAGCAGACUGACACCAAAGAUCAGAAACUUCUGAUCCUGCAGGUUUUGUCUCUGUCUUUUCUUAAUCAUGUCUUGUUUUGUGUCUGAUAUUAAAACGCACCUGGACGCCC